AUGGCUAAGAAGAGGAAGGCUGGCGGUCGCGCAUAUGGCGAAUCCAAGGCGCCGAAAAACGACGAUUCGAAACUCGCCAUCAACUCGUGGGAGGAUGUGGCAGACUCCGAGGAUGAGUUCCUCUUGAACCGCGAAAAGGUCAUGCUCGAUGAAGGCCCGGCGGCAAAGAGGAUGAGGAAGUAUCAAGAAGAGGACAAAUUUCUCGACAAUUCCGAUGAAGAAAUCCUGGGCGACAACCUAAGCGACAGCGACGACGAUGACGACGAAGACGACGAAGACGAAGACGCUGCCAGCCAUGCCGCCAAAUCAGACGACCAGGCUGCCGAGGAUGAAGACGAGGAGAUGGACGAGGCAUGGGGUACGACAAGGAAGGAUUACUACAAUGCCGACGCCAUUGAGACGGAACAGGAUGCCCUUGACGAGGAGAAGGAAGCACGUAGACUGCAGAAAAAGCAGUUGCAGAGCAUGUCAGAGGCAGCCUUUGGCUUCGACGAGGAUGAGUGGCUAGGCCAGGGUGAGGAAGAAGAGGAAGAGGGCGGCGCGCGGGUCACAGAGAUUCUACCCCAGCUACAGAUAACGGACAGCAUGUCCGAGGAGGAACGCCUGAAGAUCAUGAAGACCCGAUACCCCGAGUUCGAGCACAUCUCGAGAGAGUAUCUGCGCCUGCAACCGCUGCACGACGAACUGGCCGCCGCCGCCAAUGCCGCCGAACGUCUACUCAAAUCGCGCGCCACAAAAUCGAGCAAGAGCACGCAGACGAUCCCCAUCGCCGUUACGAAGUACCGCGCUUGCGCCGCAUACCUGGCCGCCAUGGCUAUGUACUUUGCCAUUCUAGGUUCGACUGCAAAGGAUGACGGUUCAUCGGUCAUCGCAUUGGACCCGAAGGAGCUGCGCGAGCAUCCGGUCAUGGAGAGCCUGCUGAAGACGCAAAGGCUAUGGACGAAGAUAGAAAGCCUACCAGUCGCCGAUCCCAUGGUUGAGACUGACGCGGACGAACUGUCCGUCAUUGAGGAAGCCAGCACACUGUCAGGUGCCGAACUCGAACAAACGCCAAAGAAGAAGGCGCAGAAACAGAAGAAAACAAAAGCUGAGCGUGCAGCCGAGACCGCUCGUGCAGAGGCCAAGGCACGCCGUGCUGAGAAGCUGCUACAGACUGAGCAGGAUCUAGGAUCGCUCUCAGCUCUCACCGACAAGGCUGCGCUCAAGAAGGCGUCGAGAAAGAAGAAGGCACCGGAGGGCAAGAUCAAUCUGCUCAACCCCGACGACUCGGACUUUGGCGAGGAGACCGACCUUACUGCACACGAGCUGGCCGAGAAGGCGCGCAAGAAGAAGUCGCUUCGUUUCUACACAUCACAGAUCGCACAAAAGGCCAACAAGCGCGAUGCAGCCGGCAAAGAUUACGGCGGCGACGCAGAUGUCCCACACCGCGAACGUCUCAAGGACAGGCAGGCACGUCUGCAGGCCGAGGCUGAGAAGCGCGGCCAGCACAAGGAUGCAGGACCUGGUGUUGCUCUCGGCGAAGGCCCAGACAGCUCCGGCGACGAAGCUGAGCCCUUCCGUCCCGAGGACAAUGACUUCGAGGAUGAGGAAGGCUACUACGACAUGGUUGCCGCCCGCAGCAACACUAAGAAGCAAGCUAAAUCCGACCGCGCAGCCGCGUAUGCAGAGGCCGCCAAACAGGGUGCUCAAGUCAUCGAAGAAGAGAUUGUUGGUGACGAUGGUCGCAGACAGAUCAGCUACCAGAUUGCGAAGAACAAGGGUCUCACACCGCAUCGUAAGAAGAGCGUCAGAAACCCGCGUGUCAAGAAGAAGGAGAAGUACAAGGAGAAGCUCAAGAAGGAAAAGAGCAUGCGGCCGGUAUUCGACAAAGCCAAGGCUGCGUCUGGGCAUGCAAACUACGGAGGUGAACUUACGGGUAUCAAGAAGGGUAUGGUCAGGAGUAGGAAGUUGUAG